AUGGAUCAAUCGCAGAACGCAAGCGCAGGGAUUGGCGGGAGCAAUGGCACGACGAGACAGCAAAGCAAUGAUGGGAGCGUCGACGAGUCGAAGGAGAAGCUGAACCAAGUCAUAAACUCGAUUCAGAAGACUUUGGGACUCCUUCAUCAGCUGAACCUCACCGUCUCUUCUUUCACACCUGCGUCUCAGCUGCAUCUCCUCCAGCGCCUAAAUGCUCUUGUGGUGGAGCUGGAUAGCAUGGCUAAGUUGUCCGAGAAAUGCAACAUUCAAGUCCCCAUGGAGGUUCUUAACUUGAUUGAUGAUGGGAAGAACCCAGACGAGUUUACAAGGGAUGUUCUCAAUGGCUGCAUUGCCAGAAACCAAGUUACAAAGGGCAAGACUGAUGCUUUUAAGGGUAUGAGAAAACAUAUGAUGGAGGAGCUUGAACAGACUUUUCCUGAUGAAGUCGAUUCGUAUAGAGAGAUGCGUGCUACUUCUGCCGCUGAAACAAAACGGAUGGCCCAGUCGCAAAGUGUGUUACCAAAUGGGGAUGCAAAGGUCAAGAGUGAGCUAUAA